AUGGUUUCAUCAUAUAUACCUGAUGAACUUUGGGAAUCUAUUUUUAAAUUCAUAAUCUACGACGACUAUGACUACAGCCGUUGUUCUCUAUCUCAUGUAUCUAAACACUUCCUCUCCAUCACCAACCGUCUCCUAUUCUCACUUACUCUCCACGACGAAUCAACAUGUUGUCGCCUCCUCACACGAUUCACCAACCUCGACUCCCUCAACCUCACAAGCAAAUACAUUGACCUCGACAACCUUCUCAUUGAAAUCUCUCGUUUCCCAUUGAAACUCACAUCACUCAAUCUAUCCGAACAACCUACCAUACCGGCAAUUGGGCUGCGAGCUUUUUCAAAAAAGAUUACAACUUUGACCUCUCUCACUUGUUCCCACAUUGAUUCUAUUAGUAACUCUGAUUUGUUCCUCAUCGCAGAAUGUUUCCCUUUGCUCCAAGAACUUAACUUUCGUUAUCCUUGUCCCUCAAUCUCAAGCAUAGAAGAUUCUUAUCAUCAAGUUUGCAGUAGCUAUGUUGAUGGGAUAAAGGCUCUUUCACUUGCACUUAUCAAACUCCGCAAGGUUAAUCUUUCUGGAUUUCCCCUAAACAAUGAAUCACUUUUCCACUUGUUUAACAAUUGUAAACUUCUCCAAGAAGUCAUCAUGAUUAGAUGUGAUGCAAUAACCUACACAGGACUUGCUUAUGCUCUCCGUGAGAGACCGACGUUGAAUUCUUUAUCGUUUCAUUCUUUUGAAAGUGGUGAGUUUGAUACUUUAAAUUUCAUUAACUCGUUGGUGAGUUUGAAGGGUUUGACUUGUCUUGUUUUGUACGAUAUGAAUAUCUCAGAUGAAUUGCUAUAUUCUAUUGCAAGGAAACGUCUUCCUUUGACGAAACUUGACCUUUCAUUUUGCACCGGCUAUAGUUAUGCUGGAAUCUUACGUUUGUUAACCAAGUGUCAACGUAUCCAACAUUUGAAUCUUCAAGGUGCUGAAUAUCUGACUGAUCAACAUGUUGUCCAAUUGUCUUCAUUUCUUGGUGAUUUAGUGUACAUAAACCUUAGUUAUUGUGAUGAACUCACAGAAUCAACAUUGUUAGCACUCGCUAGGAAAUGUCCUUCACUUAGUAAGAUGAUAAUGGAAACAUUUGGGAAUAAGAUUGUUAGGCUUUCAGAUUCUUUAUUACAGGAAUCUGGUGUAUACCCUCAAUUAAAAUCUCUCUGUUUGGGUGGCAAUCUAUGGUUUAGUUAUGAAGGCGCCAUAAUGGUAGCUUCCAUUUUCCCCAAUUUGAAGCUGUUUAAUUUGAAUGCUUGCACUUGCUCCCUCAAGGUGUUUGAUUUGUAUUCUUGCCCUUGGUUAUCUGAAGGAAAUUGUCAAGAUUUAAGGAAACGUUGUAAAGUUACAUAUAUCAACUUAGCCGAAUGGUCAAGAAUGAAGCUACUUUGAAGUUUGAACUCUGUUACUAGAGAUCCAGAGAAGAUGGUUGCAGUUCAAAGAAAUAUAAGCAUGUUUGGAAUUAAAGAAAUAGCUAAUACUGGAAAUUUUC